AUAAAGCUUUUAUCUUCUAAAACUGUCCACCACAAACUUUUUAAACUUUACCUUUGAUUUUAGGAUUCAUAUGCCCAGCAUUGGAAGAUUUUGUGUUUUUUUUGGUUUGAAAUCUUACGAUUAGAACGUAUUUGAAACUUUUCUUUGGUUUUGUUUUCAGAGGCUUUCUGUUGCAGUGGUGAUUGAUGCUUUUCUCUGUAUAUUUGGGAGCUCGUACUGUGAGGCGUUUGAAGUUUUGAGGUGGUUUAACUUCGUUAUCUAUCCUUGAUCUAAGAUGAUUCUAUGCACCAUUAGUGAAUUGCCAAUGCCCUAAGAGCCUUUCUAUCAUUAUGAAGUCUUCUCGUAUAAAUCAGACGUACAAUUUGAGAGAUGUAUAUACUGUUCUAUUAUGGGUGGGUAUUCUGGUUUUUGCUCUGGGCACCAUUUUGAGCCAAUACUUUUCUACAUUCAACCAGUUUACUUCAGAAGCAGGCAAACUUGGCAAACCUACUGGAAAUUUCUCCACCGAAGUUUCAGUGCAAAACAUUUCAGGGGACACUAUGCUUAAGAAUGAGCUCCCGAGUGAAGCAAUUGACAUUGAUACACCAGUAAUUCGACCACAUAAUUUGAACCAGACAAUUGAACCUCUUGUUUUGGCACCAGUUGUUGCAUCAAAUGAAUCGGAAGGAUCUGAAUCAAAAGAUUCACAUGGCAAAGGGGCAGGGAUGGUUUUGCCUCUUAUUGCAAGUACUACGGCUAAAAAUAACCCAGUUACUGAUGCUUCAGCACCGUAUGCAAAGGACCCAGCUCUGGCGCCUUCUUUCUUAUUAGAUAAGAAAGAGUUUCUUUCUUAUCAGAUAAAUAUCUCUAGCCCUGCUCCGGCGCCUUCUUUAGUUAGAAAACAAGAAACCAAAGUGCUUGACAAACUGGACACUGUUCUGGAGAGAACUGCAGAUAAGAACAAAACAGUGAUCAUCACUGCUCUAAAUGGGGCCUGGGCAGAAGAGAAUACCAUGAUUGAUCUCUUUUUGGAGAGCUUUCAUAUUGGUGAGGGUACAGAGAUACUUUUAAAUCAUCUUCUUAUUGUUGCUUUGGAUGCAAAGGCAUAUAAACGUUGCUUGAAGAUCCAUCAUAACUGUUACACUUUGAGAACCCGGGGUAUUGAUUUCACGGCUGAGAAAGUAUACAUGAGUGAAGAUUAUCUUAAAAUGAUGUGGAGGAGAUUAGGAUUCCUUGGGGAUAUAUUACGCCGUGGUUAUAGCUUUGUUUUCUCUGAUGCUGAUAUCAUGUGGCUACGAAACCCAUUUUGGAGAUUCUCUCCAGAUGCCGACAUCCAAAUUGCUAGUGAUAUGUUUAAUGGCAACCCUGAGGACGUCUCCAACUUGCCCAAUGGUGGAUUCAAAUUUGUGCGCUCGAAUGAACGUACCAUCGCCUUCUAUAAGUAUUGGUAUAUGUCUAGAUACCUUUACCCAGGCGAAAAUGAACAAACGGUUCUUAAUAUAGUUAAGAUGAAGAGUAGCUUUGGGAGGAGAAACAUGAAGUUUUUGUUCAUGGAUACUAAGUAUUUUGGUGGGUAUUGUGAGAGGAGUCAAUACUUGGCUGAUGUUUAUACCAUGCAUGCUAACUGUUGCAAAGGCCUUAGAGCAAAGCUUGUUGAUCUCAGGGUGACUUUGGAUGAGUGGAAGGCAUAUAAGAGUAACUUUACUGAGGGUGCAAGUUGGUCCCCCCCAAAGGCUUGCCCUCUGUCAUGGUCAGUCCCUCCUUAAGGCCUGCCGCACGCAUGGUAAGCCUUGUGGUUGUAUUUUUAUAUAUUUUAACUAUUUGUAUUGCUCGUCUUUAAAAUAAGAAAAGCAGUUUUCUUUUUGUUGA